AUGGCCAGGCAGCAUCGUCCAGGCUGCUUCGCCCGUCAUUUCCACUGCAGCAAUCCUCAACAGCAGCGCAGUAGGACCGCAGCGACGACCACAGCGAUGACCGGUCGAGUCCACAAAGGUACAACAUGGCCCAGUCCAGCGGGACUCGCCAUGGUCAAGAAGAGCGAGCCAGAUGGUCACAAAGCCACUGGCCUCUGUCUCUGUCAGUCUCGGCUGAGAAGAGGCCCUGGCUCGCUCCGCCCAGCCUGGCCAGCUGACUGUGAGGCUCGGAGCGAAGACAUCAUGGUCAAGGGAUGUCCAGCAGUCCUGAUCCUACGGCGAUGUCUCGGCAAGAUCAGGCCUAGUAAUGCUCCCCAGCUGGGCAGCGAGAGGGAGAGAGCGCGUCGAUCGAUCAAGGAUCCUAGUCCUAGGGUGGACACAUGCAAAGAGCAGACCACCCUCUCUCAGCUGAGGGGAGACGGCCCCGAACCCUCGGGGUUUGGUGGUCGCGAGGCUGGGUCCUCUGCGGGGGAUGACCAGUGUGUAUGGGCACAAGAGGGAGAGGGCGAAUGGGGUAAAGUCAUAGAUGAUGGGGAAGAAUGGUGAGGGGGAUAGCAAAAGGAGUGCGGGCGGAGUGCAAUGGAUGGGGGGCUAAGAAGGGUUGAUGGGAGAGUACAAGAGGAGCAAAGGAGGGAAGGGCAGGCAGCGACAGCUGUAUAAAAACACCGAAAAAAAAAAAAAGAAAAAAAAAAAA